CCCUCCGUCCUUCACUCUCUCCCUGCGCGAUGGAAUCCGUCGUUAAACAAGAACCCCUUGAACCUGUGGAAUUUACAGCCCAUGCCACUCCACCAUCGUCAAACCCCUCGAACGCCCUCCCUGUAAUCGAUCUCAGCACCAGCAGCAGCGAUAGCGAUUCCGACGACGAUGAUUUGGACGGUCCGGAUUCCGCAUACAAAAGAUCGAGCGUUUUGGACGGCGAGGAAGGCGGCCCGUACAAGAAGCAGAAAUUCGAUGAUUUGCCGCUCGGAUUCCUCGACCCGCUCCCCUCCGACGAGGACCUCCCGCUGCUUGAGGCGGAGCCGAUCUCACGGACCCCGCCAGCAGCCGCCCAGGCCUGCAAGCAGUUCUGGAAGGCAGGGGAUUACGAGGGGGAUCCUGGUGACAUUACAACGUCCAAUAUAUCCGGAAUGGAUCAUGUUAGGGUCUACCCAAGGUUUCUACUUUCAAAUGCAACCAGCCACAAGUGGGCUCUUGGAGCUUUUGCUGAGCUUUUGGAUAACUCUUUGGACAAGGUAUGCAAUGGAGCUACAUAUGUUAACUUAGAUAUGUCAGGAAAUAAUAAGGAUGGGAGCAAAAUGCUGCUGAUUGAAGAUAAUGGUGGUGGAAUGGAUCCAGAUAAAAUGCGUCAAUGCAUCUCUCCUGGAUAUUCUGCAAAAAGCAAAUUAGCGAAUACUAUUGGACAAUAUGGAAAUGGUUUUAAGACAAGCACCAUGAGACUUGGAGCAGAUGUGAUUGUGUUCUCUCAUUGUCGAGGAAAAGAUGGCAAAAGACCUACACAGAGCACUGGAAUGCUAUCCUACACAUUUUUGAGGAGCACUCGGAAGGAAGAUAUUGUAGUUCCCAUGAUUGAUUAUGAGAAAGAAGGAAAAGCUUGGAGAAAGUUGAUACGUUCAUCUCCGGAUGAUUGGAAUAGAAAUGCAGAAACAAUAAUUCAGUGGUCCCUUUAUUUAAGUAUAGAAGAUCUUCUUCUACAGGUAACACAACUAUUUAUUUCCCUCUUGCAAGCACUGAACUGCAUUUCCUGCUUAUAUGAGUAUGGACUUGAGCUCUUGAAGAGUAAAUUUAUCAGUUUUGAAGGAUCCAUGUUCAUGAAUGCUCUCUUAAGUGAUUGUUUUGCUGUUGAACAUCUCCACUUUGCAUUGUCUGUAAAUUCUUGCUACAAUCCAAACUUGGAAAGAUGA